AUGCUCCGCUGGCCCAGGAGGUUCCCUCCGACAACACUAGCCUCUGGCGCACCACCUCAAGCACCCCUCCCCCCUCCUUCAGACUGGGAGACUCGCGCCACCCCUCGCCUGCCGUCCCUCUCCUCCGACCCUUGGUUGUCCGCCCCCGACCAACUCAACCCUCCAUCCUGA